CACAGUCUCCCCUGGUAACCUUCUUCGAGUUUAUUUAAAAGAUUUUAUGCCAACGAUUCACGUCACAUCCAACUUAUCAAAUGUAUAAGAUAAUAUCUGUGUACAGUAAAUGUGUUGCUUUCGAAAUUAUGAUAAAGGUUUAGUUUUGUACAGACCCCAUAAUGCGUCUCGGCGGCGGCAAGCGUUCAUGGGUAAUUGUUGCGCUCGACCGUUUCUGGAUUAGCAAGCGAAGAUAAAAUAAGAUAAACUAACAUAGGAUAAGAGCCGGUGUGAGGAACAAGCUGGUGCGUGUUAUAUAGUUAUUUAGGUUUAUUACUGAAAUGCCACCAAACUUCCAGGAGUUAAUGUGCUGUGUCGUUGGUGACAAAUGAAACCAGACACCUGAACUUCGGGUUAGCGUUAGCUAAGUUAGCUGUCCCGUUAUCUUGCUCACCUCACUCUGUAAUACUCCACACCGAAUAAAAAUAUCGUGUGAUUUAGACUACACGAAGCUUCUCGGUCACUGAAAUCUAAGUCACCCUAAUCUAAGUGAUUAGAUAUUUGUGAGAGGGCAACGAUGACGCUCGCACCAAAAGAGCUGUCCAACCUGCUUAGCAUCAUCUCCGAGGACGCGUGCAGCGGCUCCUUCGACAACCUGUCCAACACCUUCCACAACUUCUUCGGCAAAGCGGAGCACUUUCGGGUGGGCUCCGUGCUGGUCAUGUUGCUCCAACAGCCGGACCUGCUCCCAAGCUCGCCGCAGCGACUAACGGCGCUUUACCUGCUGUGGGAGAUGUACCGCACCGAGCCACUCGCCGCCAACCCCUUCGCGGCCGUGUUCGCACAUCUGUUAAACCCUUCGGCGUCGGGAGAGGAGCAGGAGAAACCGCUGUCAGGUUUUCUUCCACCCAUUACACUGCCAGAGAAGUUUUUUCUGUCUCAGCUCAUGCUUGCUCCACCUCGGGAGUUGUUUAAGAAGACCCCACGGCAGGUGUCCUGUAUGGACGUAGGCACUGCCCCUCAGGCUGUUGACAUCAGCGGACUGCAGCUGGCUCUUGCUGAGCGCCAGUCAGAAUUGCCCACUCAGAGUAAAGCCAGCUUUCCCAGUCUGCUCAGCGACCCUGAUCCAGACUCCUCUAACUCGGGCUUCGACAGCUCUGUAGCCAAUCAGAUUACAGAGUCACUGGUGACUGGCCCACGCCCUCCCUUGGAGAGUCAUUUCCGUCCAGAGUUCAUCCGACCAGCCCCACCCCUGCUGGUGUGCGAGGACGAGCUGGCCUGGCUGAACCCAUGUGAGCCAGAGCACCGUGUGCAAUGGGAUCGUUCCAUGUGCGUGCGCAAUGGUACUGGUGUCGAGAUCAAACGCAUCAUGGCAAAAGCCUUCAAGAGCCCCCUAUCAGCAGCACAGCAGAGUCAGCUUCUGGCUGAGCUGGAGAAGGAUCCGAAGCUGGUGUACCACAUUGGCCUGACCCCAGCCAAGCUGCCUGACCUUGUGGAGAACAACCCGCUGGUGGCCAUCGAGAUGCUGCUCAAGCUCAUGUCCUCCAGCCAGAUCACGGAGUACUUUUCCGUGCUGGUCAACAUGGACAUGUCCUUACACUCCAUGGAGGUGGUAAAUAGGUUGACUACAGCAGUGGAUCUUCCUCCUGAAUUUAUCCACCUUUACAUCUCUAACUGCAUCUCUACUUGUGAGCAAAUAAAAGACAAGUAUAUGCAGAAUCGAUUGGUGCGUCUGGUGUGUGUUUUCCUUCAGUCCCUGAUCAGGAAUAAGAUCAUUAACGUGCAGGAUCUGUUCAUCGAGGUGCAGGCGUUUUGUAUCGAGUUCAGCCGGAUUCGUGAAGCUGCCGGCCUCUUCCGCCUCCUCAAGACCCUGGACAAUGGUGAGACACCUACAGAAAGCAAGCCUACCAAAUAAAAGGCUGUCUGAAGACUGGUGUUACUGCGACCAAAUAAAAGUUGAACCUACUAAAAAAACAGAGACCGCAGUAGGAUCAUAAUAAUGGCCAAUCGCUCACCUACUGACUUUGCCCCUCUUGCUUGUAAAUCAAUAAGCUGUAAUGUGCUACUUUUAUUCAGAAGUAUUUUCUAGGGGAUGGUUUGGAGGUGUCUUUUCCUGUCUCCCCCCCCCCCCCCCCCCUCAAAGCCAUUACCUUCUCUAAGUAUUUUGAAGGAAACUAAUGACCCUUUCUUUAAAAGGAUAUGUCUUUUGUGGUCUGUGACCUAGUUUUAGUUUAUACAAACCUAUACAGCACUGAAAUAACAUCCUGAUAAUCACUGUUGUUUCAUG